UAGAAUCGAACAAGAAUCCAUUUAAUGCGCAAGUUACCUUUUUUGCUCGAUUUUUUUCCCAGGAGUUCAGACAAACACAACAGUGUUAUGAAUUAUUGAUCCCGAAUAUUGUUGCCCUGUGCAUUCUCUGUGUGUGUCCUCCCUUUGUUUAUUUUGGAUUUUGGAUCGUUUGAGUUUUUUUUUAUUUGAAGAUUUUAUCAUUUAACAAAAAAAAUGUCAAAUUUGGAUAAUAAAUUAUUGGGCGAAAAGAAUCAUUAUUAUUGUAGCAGCAGCAGUGAUGAUGAUAAUGAUAAUGAUGAUGAUCGUUCUGAUUAUCGUGAAAUAAGUGUUCAAAGUAAAAUUAAAUGGGAAGGAACUAGUUGUAAUACUGGACCAAAAGGUGUAAUCGAAGAUUUUCAACGAUAUAAAAAAUUUGAAAAUGAACGACGUUUAAAUCGUGAACGAGCACGAUCGGAAAGAAUUAAAAAAUCAGCAAUGACAGUAAAAUUACCACCACCGCCACCACCACCAGCAACCACUACAGAUGAUUUGGAUGAUGAAGAUGAUCCAUUUAUUAAUGAAUAUAUUGCAAAAAGAAUGAAAGAAAUGCUUGAUCGUUAUCAACGAUCAACAGCUAAUAAACAAUUUGGUGAACUUAAACAUUUACCAAGUGGUGAAGCAUUUCUUAAACAUAUUGAUGAUGUUCAAUUACGAUCCGUAUUGAUUGUAACACAUAUUUAUAAUCAUAAAAUUGUUGAAUGUAAUAUGAUGAAUAAUUGUAUUGAUAAAUUGGCAAGAAAAUAUCCGGAUGUUCUUUUCUGUUCACUUGAUGCUAUCAAUGUUGGAAUGAGUCGUGAAUUUACCAAAUAUGGAGUUCCUGCUUUAUUAAUCUACAAAAAUGGUGAAUUGAUUGGUAAUUUUGUUAGUCUUGGUGAUGAAUUUGGUGCCGAUUUUGAUGAAAAAGAUGUUGAAGAUUUUCUUGUCGAGUAAGUUUAAUUCUUUUUCCACUAUAACACAUUUAAUACUUGAUUUUUUGAUGCACUGAAAAAUCUUCGUAAAUUUGAUGAUAAUAUUGUACAUGCUAUCAAUACAACCAUACCUACACAAUCAUUCGCUGUGAAAGGUAUCGAUCCAACAAAACAAUGUCAAGAAUUAUAUAAACAGCUCAUCGAAUCGCAUAAAAAUAGGGAACAAGCAAUCAAAAAAUGUAUCAUUCGUGUAUCCGAAUCAUUUCAUCAAUUAAAACAACAAAAUGAUGAAAAUGAAGCAAAUUUUCCUGUACAAAAACAAUUACGUAAAGAACAAAAUAAAUUACGUUUAAUGCAAAAUGAAUUGUAUGUUGAAGAAGUGGUUAAAGAUCGUAGUCUUAAAAUUUUCCAUGAAAGAUGUCGUGCAUAUUAUCGACCAACCGAUACUACAUUACCUACAAUUUGAUGCUGAAUUUACUCAAUUUUUUUUUUAAUAACAAUUUAUUUUGAUAUCAUCAAUCAAAACAGUAACAACAAAUUAGAAUUUUAUGAAUAAA